GAUAUGAGACACAGCUCAGACUGACACACUCAUACACAGAAAUCCAUUUUGAGAACUAAAUCAACAAAUCAACAACAAAUUGUGCAUUUUAGAUAUGAUCAAAAAUCGUGCUUAUCCAAACCCCUUAAUGGAGCCGGACUAUAAUGCCAUACUGAUGCCGAUAAUAUCGGCGGUGCUGUUGUCCUACAAUCGGCCCGUAAGCUUGGACGAAAUCGUCGAUGGAGUCAUACUGUUGCUCAGUUCCCAGCGGGAGAAACAUAGCUCGCUCGUCUCCUCAAGUCUCGAGGUCACGUCCGAUUCGAGCUACGCGCAUAUUGUGCCCGCACACAGAAGGAAGAAAUGAGUGUGUCCCUUCGAUGGCAACCGAUCAUAGUGACUAUGGGUUUUUGAGAAUAUAACAAAUUUAUUGACAUUUCGAAAAAUAAUAAAAAUAGGGGCAUUUGAUUAAGCAACGCGAUUUCUGUA